AUGUCAAAGCCAGUAGAUCAUAUCAAGCGACCCAUGAAUGCUUUCAUGGUGUGGUCUCGAGGCCAGAGGAGAAAAAUGGCUCAAGAGAAUCCCAAAAUGCAUAAUUCAGAAAUCAGCAAAAGACUCGGCGCCGAGUGGAAACUGCUCUCCGAGUCUGAGAAACGACCGUACAUCGACGAGGCUAAGAGGCUACGGGCUCAGCACAUGAAAGAGCACCCAGACUACAAGUAUAGACCCAGACGCAAGCCCAAGAAUUUACUUAAGAAGGACAGGUACGUCUUCCCCUUGCCCUACCUUGGGGACACGGAUCACUUGAAAGGACUUCCAGUAUCUGCAACGGACUCUCUUUUGGGUUCCUCGGAAAAAGCCAGAGCGUUCCUGCCGCCGACGUCGGCACCGUACUCUUUCCUCGACCCAAGUCAGUUCAGCACUAGUGCCAUUCAGAAGAUGACAGAGAUGCCCCACACGUUGACCACCAGCACUUUACCCUAUGCAUCCUCCUUGGGAUACCAGAAUGGCGCUUUCGGAAGUUUGGGAUGCCCAAGCCAGCAUACCCACACUCACCCGUCACCCACAAACCCUGGGUACGUCGUGCCCUGUAACUGCACCGCAUGGUCAGCGUCGAGUUUACAGCCCCCCGUUGCCUACAUACUGUUUCCAGGUAUGACAAAGAGUGGGAUUGACCCCUACUCAUCAGCACAUGCUACUGCUAUGUAA